AUGUGUGGAAAGGUCGUUAAUGUCACGGUCUCAUGCAUUAUGUUAUUCUUGAUGUUUGAUUUAGCGUUCUCAGAUUUGGCUGCGGAUAAACGAGAGUGCAGCGAGCAACUGGGUAGUCUCUCAGCAUGCCUACCUUUUGUUGGCGGCGACACAAAAAAUCCAGCCCCAGCAUGUUGCAGUAGAUUGAGAGAGGAAAUUAACAAGGCACAAAAGUGUCUGUGUAUCCUAGUAAAGGAUCGAAAUGAACCCAACCUUGGCUUCAAGAUCAAUGCCACCCUUGCAUUGAGCCUCCCUUCAAUUUGCCAUGCUCCUGCUAAUGUUUCUGCGUGCCCUGAAAUGCUGCAUCUGAGUCCCAACUCAUCAGAAGCUGAAGUUUUCGAGGAUUUUGCUGCAAGUAAUAAGAGCAGUGCAAUUGUUGCCGGCGUUGGAACCAGUUCAAGCAAUACAAUGAAGGAAAAGAAAUGGCUUAAAGCGAGCAUGGUUGCUGUCAUCACAUCAGCUCUCACCAUUGCAGGUUAA